AGCUGUUUGGCCUCAAACAGCUUCACCAAAAUACACGGAUCCGGAACCGGACGGGCCCUCGGCCUGUCGGAGGGGUCCAACGGUGGGACAGAUGGUCUAUUUUUGUGCCAGCCAUCGAUGAUCGCUUCUCAGACAUCGUUCGUACAGCCUUCGCAAGUGUCUUGUGGAGACCAACCUCUUGUGACUCCUUCUCCCAGUCGAACUGCAGUCCCAGCGAACGCCUCGAUUGCAGUUCACAGUCAGACGACCACACACAGGACGGUCUGACGACCGGUCAACCGUUGUGGUCCGAGUCAGGACGGUCUGACGACCAUCAUGUUGCGCCGGGUACCACCUGAGAUGACCAUGGCUUCCUUGCUGGCUUUCCUCGAUGGGUUCGCCGCCGGCAAGUACGACUUUGUGUAUCUUCCCUUCGAUCGGCGGAAGGAGAUGAAUAUCGCCUUGGCCUUCGUCAACUUUGUAGACCCUCCCAGCGCGAGGAUGGCCUUCACACUCCUGGUGUCCGGAGUCUUUGAGUCCAUGUCCAACGUGCGGGUCAGCGCGGCCAACGUCCAGGGCUUUUCAACGAACCUUGCCUACUUCAUCGCUCGGUUUGGGCUGCAAGCGGUCUUGCAGCCAAACGCCCCAGUGGUCCUACAGGCUGGGCAAGUGAUCGACGUCCAACUGGCCAUUGCCAUGCACGUGACACAGGAUUUGUUGAGGGAGGCCCACAAACUGGUUCAAGCAGAACGAAUGGGCCAUGGGCAGGAAGGAAGUGUUCGACGGUCAAAACGCUUCAUGUGGAAGAAUCCAGCAGCGACGCCUGUCUUGCUGGAGAGCACUCGGCGUCACAGGAGCAAUUGGAGAACGGAGGUGAGACACCCAAUGGAUGCGCCAUCCACGUCUUCAUACUCUCAAUCAUCAGGAGAAGAAAGUGGGCAACGUGUGGUUCGUCCAGCUUCAAGUUCUCAGAACCAGAAGCUUGUGGCAAAGGUGUCCGAUGAGGUGGUGUUGGAGGGCGGCUCCUUCAAGCAGAUGUCCGGAAAACUGGUCUUCUGUCUUUGAGUGAUGUCCUGCAGUGGAUGUCUCUUCGCUUCAGUCGAGAUGUCGACUGCACGUUCGGACGGACGGACAGCGGUACCCGCCGGGCAUAGGGGAACCGUUUCCUCGGCAUGGCGGUGCCGUCUCCAGUCCAAUGGGUUUGCCGUGUGGUCAAGCCAUUCCGUUCGAUAGGAUUUCCCUUUGACAGCAGGCCCAAAAAGUCGGUUGACCGACAGGUGCUGCAUGGACUCGCGCUGAGCAAAGGUUUGUGACCCUUGUUUUGUUUCAGGCUCCCC